AAAGUCUGAAGGCAGACACGGCGAGUGCGCUCCGUCUCCCUCAUCGAGCAUUUUACAGACUUUCCGUCUAUGGUCUCAUUUACAAUCGAUCCUUCAAUGAAUGAGCAAUUCAAUCACCCGCCUUUGGAUGAAGUUGGAAUUUUCUUUUUGCAAAAAAAAGACAAUGUGACCAUGUAGAACAAGUGACUGUUUUAUCCCUGUCGGAUUUCGGACUACCUUUACUGAUCCAAGGAAGAGGCACUUAAGAAUGGGCAAACUUCAGUCAAAACAUGCGUGCAAGCGCAGGGAAAACCCUGAAGGAGACAGUUUUGUCGUGAACGCCUUCCUCCGAAGAGGGAUGGAGGAAUGUGAGAGGUACAGCGCAACAGAUCAUAAGAUGAAGAACAUGCAGGAGUUUCCAAAUGGUGAGCUGAAGGAAGGACAAUUCGCAGAUCAACAUUGUCCUCUGGAGGUGGUUCUUCCUCCAGAGAAAGCAGAGGGCUGUGAAAGCUACCUGCAGUACCUACACUGCGAGGACGGAGAAAAAGAGGCUAUCAGAGAUGCCACCAAAGCUUCGGGGAAGAAACGCAUAAGCCUAGAUGACCUGGAGUGUGACAUUUCUGUUGAGGAUGACAACCGACAAGAGUGGAUCUUCACUCUUUAUGAUUUUGACAACAGUGGGAAAGUUACUAAAGAGGACAUGUCGAGUUUAAUGCACACUAUAUAUGAUGUGGUGGACGCCUCUGUGAACCACUCCUGCCAUAACAAGAGCAAGACUUUGCGUGUCAAACUGACUGUCACUCCUGAACCAAGGUGCUUCAGAAGAGAAACAGGAGCAGAUCGUAGUCACCAGGAGGAGGGUCGCUCAUCCGACAAACGGCUGUCCUCCUACAUCAGCAGCAGGGGGCAGAACAAUGAGCCACCUGCCACUGAGGGUCAACAUUACUGUGUGGAUGAGAACACAGAGAGGAGGAAUCACUACCUGGACCUCGCUGGUAUUGAGAACUACACAUCUAGAUUUGAAGGAAACACCCCUGUCUUCCCCCCUCAGGAAGCUCAUGGUCGGGGCUCACAAAGCCAGAGUCGCUCACGUUCCCAGGAGCCGGAAGCCCAAGUUGUUCACCAGCGGCGUUCACAGGUCAUCAGUGAUAGCUACAACCCUGCAGAAGCUCGAAGCAAAAGUACACAUUUCCUCAAAUCCCCUAAAGGAACCUACAAGGGGAGUGCUGGGAAUAAUGGGGGCACUGGGGGUGGCAAAUCCACUAAAUGCCAUGGCUACCAUCCUCUUUUGCAAUCAAUGCUGCAUAGUAGCAGUGGUGCAGGCCACGGAGGUCAGGAUGUCUAUCACAUGCCCCAUCAAGCUCAACCCUCCAGCCACCACCAGCACCCUUUGCAAUACAGUCACAGUAAACGCCUGAGGGCCAAAGCCCGUGAGGCUCUGUCCCCGUCCAAAACCCCUCUGCCACCUCAGUCACACCCUCAGCAGCAACCCCCAGUGCCCUCUGUACUGCCAAGCCUGGAGAGAGAGCAAGCGUCGGGCCCUCCUGGUAGCCCAGGAUUUGUGGUUCCUAUGGUCCAGCGCCAUGAGCAUCACCAUCACCACGAACACCACCACCACCACCACUACCACCAUUACCACCAGACAUGACAGCCUUUAGUGUGCAGUGACUAAAACUGUACAGGACCAACCACAACCAACCACACCAGUCUGAAGGACUUAAGUCAUCCAAUGGGAAUGUCUCGUGCUCUGAUCAGGAUCUUUUUAUUCUCCUCCUGCAAGCUAUACAGAUAUAUCCUGAGAUUAGGUGUACUAAUGAAACAUGUAGUGUGAUGGAAGAUGUUACUGGGCCAGAGGGAUGUUAUUGUGUAGUACCAAAAUUGCUGCACAGUUUUUCAGUGUUUCUGUAGAUUUUCUGCUGAAAUGGCUGCACUCCUUACACACAUUCAUCAAGGGAAUCAAUACAGAGAGGAGCAGAUCAGAUAACUUUUGAUGUGUCCCCUUAUCUCCUCGUAAGUGUUUUAUUAAAGUUCUACAAGCUACAUUAUAUGUUGGAAUAAUCGUGUUGCUCUGUGUGAGACCUUUCCAAAACACGGAUCUCAGGUGUAAAGGUGCUGCUGCUCUCAAGCUUUUCACAGAGGCCUCACUCUUAUGGAGCCUGCUGUGGACUGAGGGAUUUCCUGUUUGGGGGUCAGGGGGGGAUAUGCAAUCACCACUGCCAAUUUUAAUGCAAAAAUAUCUUGCUAUAUGUAUAAAAAAAUCUAUAUAUGUAAACACAUUUUACUGUAUAAUUAUUAUACCCUAUAUGCAUAUUUCAUCGUGGAUAUAAUUAUGCAUAUAUAUGAAUUUUGUCUUUUAUAUAUUUUAAUAAACAUUAUAUAGUUCAUUUA